CGCGGCCGGCGCCUCGUGGCCUCGCCGGACUGUCUGGAGCGGACGGCUGCCGGGAGGGCGCGCGGCGCACCUGGAGCCGAGCCUGCGCCCCCACUCGGUCGAGCAGAGCGCUGCACCCGGCAGGGAGGGCGCGGCAGUGCUGGUCCGAAGUCGGCCGGGCGAGCGGAGCAAGUCACCCCCGCCCUGAAGUGAAAGGCUCGGAGGGGCAAGAUGGUGCUCGGCGGAGCCCGCGCGCUCUUCCUCCUGCUGCUCCUGCUCGCCUGCCCCGGGUCGCGGGCUUCGCAGAACUGCCUCAACAAGCAGCAACUCCUCACAGCUAUUCGUCAGCUGCAGCAACUACUGAAAGGUCAGGAGACCCGCUUCGCAGAGGGAAUCCGCAGCAUGAAGAGCCGGCUGGCUGCGCUGCAGACCUCUGUGAGCAAAGCGGGCCCAGACAGCCCCCCAGUUUCCUGCCCUGCUCUGAAUGCUCCUCCUGAUGGCAGAAAGUUUGGAAGCAAAUACUUGGUGGAUCAUGAAGUCCAUUUUACCUGCAAUCCUGGUUUCUGGCUGGUUGGGCCCAGCAGUGUGGUGUGUCUUCCCAACGGCACCUGGACAGGGGAGCAACCCCGAUGCAGAGACAUCAGCGAAUGCUCCAGCCAACCUUGUCAAAAUGGUGGGACAUGUGUAGAAGGAAUCAACCAGUACACGUGCAUUUGUCCUCCAGGAAAGACUGGGAGCCACUGUCAGCAUCAGGCCCAGACUGAGGCUCCCGAGGGCAGCGUGGCCCGCGACUCGGCCUUCAGCCGCGCCCCGCGCUGCGCGCAGGUGGAGCGGGCGCAACACUGCAGCUGCGAGGCCGGCUUCCACCUGAGCGGCGCUGCGGGGAACCACGGCGUGUGCCAGGAUGUGGAUGAGUGCGAAAUCUAUGGACAUCAAGGGCGCCCCCGCCUCUGCAUGCAUGCCUGUGUGAACACCCCAGGAUCCUACCGCUGCACCUGCCCCAGUGGAUACAAGACCCUGGCCGAUGGAAAGAGCUGUGAGGAUAUCGAUGAGUGUGCGAAUCCACAGCAGGUGUGUCCCCAGGGCACCACGUGCAUCAACACUGGAGGAGGCUUCCAGUGCGUCAGCCCAGAGUGUCCCGAGGGCAGUGGCAACGUGAGCUAUGUGAAGACCUCUCCCUUCCAGUGUGAGCGGAACCCCUGCCCCAUGGAUAGCAGACCAUGCCGCCACUUGCCCAAGACCAUCUCCUUCCAUUAUCUCUCUCUGCCCUCCAACCUGAAGACGCCUAUCACACUCUUCCGUAUGGCCACAGCCUCAGCCCCGGGCAGACCUGGACCCAGCAGCUUGCGGUUUGGGAUUGUGGGAGGAAACAGCCGAGGCCAUUUUGUGAUGCAGCGCUCAGACCGGCAGACAGGGGAGCUCAUCCUUGUCCAGACCCUGGAGGGGCCUCAGACGUUGGAGGUGGAUGUUGAUAUGUCUGAAUACUUGGACCGAUCCUUCCAAGCCAACCACGUGUCCAAGGUCACCAUCUUUGUGUCUCCUUAUGACUUCUAAGGGUGACUUGCAGGGGCCAGGUGCAGAGCUCAUUUCUCUUCUCAGAGACUCAGCUGUGAGCAGGGUAGCCAGAGGCAGCACACCUGCUCUUCACAAUGGCCACACCUGACACCGUCUCCACAAAACCCAAAUUGCUGCCAUUUUUCCACCCUGCUUUAAGACCCUUCUUUAAAAAAUGUGCAUUCGUCAUCUCCAAUCUUUUUUUUUCUUUAACAGAAGUGGGAAGCUUUUCAAAAUGUAAUAUGGAUGGCAUUGAGCUGGAGAUGAAAAAGUUGACAAAGUUGGCAGUAUAGCUCUGAGAUGAUUAAAUCCUCCUGUAUUGUUAUGGUCAGGCCUUAUAAUGAAGUGGUUCUAGUCAUGCUUGGGUCAAAUCACACUCCUGUGUAUGUGGCAUAGGAAUCGGGUGGGUCUCCUGCCAUGGCCAGGCGUGUUGGUUCUGUCUGCAUUCCCCUCUGCAAUGUGCCUACCAGACUUUUCACAGGGUCACACAAGUGCCUGAAACCCCCAUGCAGAUUCUUCUAGAUCAAGAGAUGAACAUUAAAGCAUAGAUUCUGUCUGAA